GGUUCACGUACGUGUGCGUCGGAAAGGAUAUAGUGCUGGUUGUGGCAAACGUAAAUGACUGCGAACGGUGAUAAAUAGUUGUGUGUUAUUUACGUUAUUCAUCGAGAAACGCGUUCGCAGUUUAAAACAAGAUGCCAAAAAGGAAAAAUCAGACCCUAAUCGAUUCCGACAGCAGCGGGAGCGCGUCCGAAAGCGGCUCCGACUUGGAUAAUGAUCUGUUGUCACUGGCAAAGAAAAAGAAGGGAAAAUAUCAAGAUGAUUCUCAGUCGAAUGAGGAUAACACAUCUGUUAAGAAGGAUGUUAAACACGACUCAGAUAGUUCGGAUUCCGACGACAAUUGGAACAACAAAGCUGGAAAGUCCAAGAAAAAGAAGGUUCCGAGCAAAAAGAGCAAGCAAAAGAUGACAAAGUCCAGUACAGAAGAUAGCGCCAGCGAGAAAGAACCAGCCAAACAGCUUUCAGAACCGGAAGAAGGUGAAGUGUCGGAUUCGGAUCCGAGCGUUUCCGAUUCCAGUCAGGAAGAAUUUAACGAUGGUUACGACGACAAACUUAUGGGAGACGCGGAGGAUCAAGCUAGACUCGCUCAAAUGACCGAGAAGGAACGUGAGCAGGAAAUUUUCAAACGCAUCGAGCAGCGUGAAAUCAUGAAGACGAGAUUUGAAAUUGAAAAGAAACUUAGAAUGGCCAAGAAACAGGAAUUAAAGAAGCAAAAGGAAUCGAAAAAGAAGGAGAAAGGUAUCGAAGAGAAGCAAAAGGUGGAUAGAGCGCCGGAUCCGAAAGAGAGAAGUAAAGAUCGUAAGAAGACCAUUGAGGAGAAGCAAGAUAAGAAGUUCCACGCGAUGUCGUUGCUGAAAGCCAGACGUGAGGAGAAGAAAGAACGAGAGGAGAAGGAGAAACAGAGAAUGGAACAACAACAACAAGAAUCCAAGGAUGUGGAAGAGGAAGAACUGGAGGAUGAUCACAAAGGUAGCGGGAAUAAGACAAAGCUCAAAGCGUCUGACAUAUAUUCUGACGACAGUGGUUCGUCAGAUAGCGGAGAUGAAGAGGAUGCGAACAAAGCAACAGGAUCUCGAAGCAGAUCGUCUUCGAGCGACAGCCGCGAUUCCGAUUCUGACAACGAUAAGAAAUCGGUGGCUAGUGCCAAAGCAAAACCGAAGAAACCGGUCUACAUCAAUACCAAGGAAGAUCUGAACAAAAUUCGAUUGUCCCGUCACAAGAUGGAGAGAUUUGUUCAUUUGCCUUUCUUCGACCGAGUGGUUCAGGGUUGCUUUGUCAGGAUCGGAAUCGGCAAUAAUAACGGUAAACCUGUCUAUAGAGUAGCUGAGAUAAGUGGCGUGUGCGAAACAGGAAAAAUUUAUCAGUUGGGCGGCACGAGGACGAAUAAGGGACUAAAGUUGCGUCAUGGUGCGCAGGAACGUGUGUUCAGAUUGGAGUUUGUUUCGAAUCAGGAAUUCACGGAUUCGGAAUUCUUUAAGUGGAAAGAAACGUGCGCGCUACAAGGAAUAUCGAUGCCCACGUUCGACGAGGUAGAUCAGAAAUUGAAAGAUAUCAAAGAAGCGUUGGUGUACGAGUUCAAGGAGGAAGAUAUAGAGAAGAUAGUACGCGAGAAAGAGAGAUUUAAACAAGCUCCGUACAAUUACGCGAUGAAGAAAGCUCAGCUUAUGAGAGAACGGGACGCGGCUAAUUGCAGAGGGGACGACGAAACCGCUAGUCGUCUGAAUCAGGAACUGAGCGAGCUCGAGGAACGUGCAUCGGAAUUGGAUAAGAUGCGCACCGCGACGAUAUCCAGUAUAUCCUAUAUAAACGAUCGCAACAGAAAGAAAAAUGUGGAAGAAGCUGAGAAGGCUAUAAUGGAGGAAUUGAAGGCUAACAAAGGCAAGAAAAUCGACGAUCCGUUCACCAGACGAAGCACCAAACCGAGAAUGGUGUACAAGCCGGAAGAUGAAUCAGAUACCGUCACAAUGGUUUUGGUGAAUGAUAAGGUGAGUCCUCAUCCGACCGGGGAUUCGGUAUCGACUGCCAAUGACAAGGAGAACGGACAGGACUCCAAGAAGAAGCAAAGCACGGAGGAUCUGUUCAACGCGCAUGAUUUCGACAUAACAAUCGAUUUGGAAGUUCCUAUAUCAAACAAUCCGGUCAGUGUCUUACCCAAGCCCAUCAACAACAUCAAGGACACGGGGCCUCGUCGAUCGUUGAAUCUAGAAGACUAUAAAAAGAAACGCGGUCUUAUCUAACAUUUCAUACGUCUCACGCAUCAUGUUAAGAGCAUGAUAAAAUUUUUAAGUAACUAAGGAUAUCUUGUAAACACACAUUCGCAAAGAUAUCUAAUCGAUCGAAAAAAUUCAUUUAUCGAAUCUUCUUCUGAGUAAAUAUCGAGAAAAAGGAAGAGAUAUGUUCUAUAUAUGUAAUUUAUUGACUGAGGACAAAGUAGAUUAUUUAUACCAUUAGUACCGUUAUACAUUAUAUUAUUAUUAUUGCUGACUCCAUCUAUUUAAUACGUUGAGUGUGGUUGGUGGUGAUUUGCUGAGUUUAGGCGCAAAGUAUCUAGCAGACAUUUGUAUAUAUUGUGUGAUUAUGUAUAAUAAAGGAAAAUUACUAACGAAACGCAAAAAGUCAUCGAUGUUCAAUGGUGUUUAGAAUCUUACAAAUUCGCAUCGAGCUAUAUAUAUGUAUAUAUGUAUAUAUAUAUAUAUAUGUGUGUGUGUAUAUAUAUAUACAUAUAUAUAUAUAUAUAAUCCAAUAAGCAACGAUAUAAAAGAUAUAUGACGUAAGAGCUUAGGCAGCUCUUACAUCUACUAGCAAGCUCUGUUUUAUUGAUGACGCUCAACGUAUUAAUGAUGAUGGUUCUGAGAUAAUGUGGUUCCUAUUAUGCGAUUCGAGACAUCACGACGUAUCAUGACGGGCAAACAUUUUUUAUUGAGAUUGUAAUCGACGCUUGCGCAACUGUUGUUCGACGAUAUGAUGAUAUUUAAAACAAUUAAUUGAGAUUUGUUUCUCGAAACACAGACAUGUGCUCUGUCUUUUCCAGCGCAGCACGCCGGUAGGUCGUAACUUGAAUGACGAGUAAGAGAAGAAAAGGAAGUAUUUGUACACAAUGAAGCUAUUUUGGCUAAUGAAGAGAAAACUGACUUAAAAAUCGUGUGUUCUCAUAAGAAGUAAUUAUUUAUUGUGAGAAAGUAUAUACGUUUGUGAAAUUUCUGUCCAAGUAUAUAUUUUAUUUUAUUUUUUUUAUUGAAAUUUUAGGAACACUGUUGCAUCAACGUUACGUUAUGUAUUAGAGGCAGUUGGUAGCAGAAGUAUUUCACAAUCAGUAUAUAUAUAUAUAUAUAUAUAUAUAUCAGUAUAUAUAUGUAUAUAUAUAUAGUUUUCUCAUUUAAUUGAAUGCAAUUAAACUAAGGUAACUGUACAUAAUUACGCGCCGCUUUUUUUAUACACACGUAAUAUCGUCCUGAAACAUCACAAUACGACGUAAUUGCAAAGCCUGCGGCACAAGAUGCUUCUUUUCGAAUCGACGCAGUUUGAAGAUAGAUAGAAAAAUAUUGUCAAAUUGUUCUUGCGGUGCGAAUCACAGCGCGAAAGACAACGUCGAGUCCCGCAGGCUCGAGGAUGGCACGUGUACAUCACGACAGAAUACGCGAUACUUCGUGACAUUUGUAAUAUUUUAUUCUCACAAAUUGUUGCGUGUUAUAGAUAGAUUUUUUUACAUAUCUUUUUUGUUACAAAACAUUUUGUGUAGGAACGCACCGUUUAGAGGAAUGCUGUAGUUGAACACAUAGAAGUGUACGAUUUUUUUUAUUAUUUAACCAUCUAUGAUUUUUUUUACCAUCUAUAUUGUCUUGUCCAUCGAAGGAAGUUUUUUAAACAAAUCAAAGAGAGAAAAACGCGAAUGGUCCCGCACGUGUAUCGUACUUACGACACAAAAAUCCAUGUAUUUGUAUAUAAUAUAUAUGAAUAUUUAUCGAGGGAUAAGAGAA